GAGCGAGUCGGCGGCAGCGGCGGCGGCUCAAGUGGCGCCGCAGCAGCCGCGGCGAGCAGCGGCGGCCUCGGAGGAAGAGGGGUCGGCGCCCGGGGUUCUGGCGGCCGCGGUUCUCCCGUCGCAGUAUAUCCUGCUCGGAUUAUCUUUUGCUUCUCCCCAGCUGCCUCCUUCCCCUCACACGGACACUCUGUCCCACACCUCCGCGUCCUCGGUCGAAGCUGCCCUCGGCCCGGGCUGGUUUCCCCCCGCCUGGGGACGCCCCUUACCUCUCCUCCCGGGCUGCGGGGGACCCCGCCGAGACCAUGAGGAAAUUCAACAUCAGGAAGGUGCUGGACGGCCUGACCGCCGGCUCGUCUUCGGCCUCGCAGCAGCAGCAGCUGCAGCAGCAGCACCCGCCUGGGAACCGGGAGCCCGAGAUCCAGGAAACGCUCCAGUCCGAGCACUUUCAGCUGUGCAAGACUGUUCGCCAUGGAUUUCCCUAUCAACCCUCAGCCUUGGCCUUUGAUCCUGUACAGAAGAUCCUGGCAGUGGGAACUCAGACUGGUGCUUUAAGGCUCUUUGGUCGUCCAGGAGUAGAAUGUUAUUGCCAGCAUGACAGUGGAGCUGCAGUAAUCCAGCUCCAGUUCCUGAUUAAUGAGGGAGCUCUUGUGAGUGCCUUGGCUGAUGACACCUUACAUUUAUGGAAUUUACGUCAAAAGAGACCUGCCAUACUACAUUCACUUAAAUUUUGCAGAGAAAGGGUUACGUUUUGCCAUCUGCCUUUCCAGAGUAAGUGGCUCUAUGUGGGCACUGAACGAGGUAAUAUACAUAUUGUCAAUGUGGAGUCCUUCACACUCUCAGGCUACGUCAUUAUGUGGAAUAAAGCCAUUGAACUGUCAUCUAAAUCUCACCCAGGACCUGUCGUCCAUAUAAGUGAUAAUCCAAUGGAUGAAGGAAAGCUUUUGAUUGGCUUUGAAUCUGGAACAGUAGUGUUAUGGGACCUCAAAUCAAAGAAAGCAGACUACAGAUACACCUACGAUGAGGCUAUCCACUCGGUUGCUUGGCAUCAUGAAGGAAAACAAUUUAUUUGCAGUCAUUCAGAUGGCACUUUGACUAUAUGGAAUGUGAGAUCCCCUGCUAAGCCUGUACAGACGAUAACUCCACAUGGAAAACAGUUAAAGGAUGGGAAGAAGCCAGAACCAUGCAAGCCUAUCCUCAAGGUGGAAUUCAAAACGACUAGACCUGGGGAACCUUUUAUUAUUUUAUCAGGAGGUUUGUCAUACGAUACUGUAGGAAGAAGACCUUGCUUAACAGUUAUGCAUGGGAAAAGUACUGCAGUGCUAGAAAUGGACUAUUCAAUUGUUGAUUUCCUGACGCUGUGUGAAACCCCAUACCCAAAUGAUUUUCAAGAACCAUAUGCUGUGGUUGUUCUACUAGAAAAGGAUUUAGUACUUAUAGACCUUGCACAAAAUGGGUAUCCUAUAUUUGAAAAUCCCUACCCUUUGAGUAUACAUGAAUCCCCUGUUACAUGUUGCGAAUAUUUUGCUGAUUGUCCUGUGGACCUUAUUCCUGCACUUUAUUCUGUUGGAGCUAGACAGAAACGUCAAGGUUACAGCAAAAAGGAAUGGCCCAUUAAUGGAGGCAAUUGGGGCUUGGGUGCUCAAAGCUACUCAGAAAUAAUUAUUACAGGGCACGCUGACGGGUCAGUUAAGUUCUGGGAUGCUUCUGCGAUAAAUCUACAAGUAUUAUAUAAAUUAAAGACAUCUAAAGUAUUUGAAAAGUCAAGAAAUAAAGAUGACAAGCCAAACACAGACAUUGUAGAUGAAGAUCCGUAUGCCAUUCAGAUCAUCUCCUGGUGUCCAGAAAGUCGGAUGUUGUGCAUAGCUGGAGUUUCAGCUCAUGUCAUUAUUUAUAGAUUCAGCAAACAAGAAGUGAUUACAGAAGUCAUUCCGAUGCUUGAAGUUCGAUUGUUAUAUGAGAUAAGUGAUGUGGAAUCUCCAGAGGGUGAACAGGCACCACCUUUGCCAACACCAGUUGGGAGUGCCAAUCCUCAGCCCGCUCCUCCUCAGUCUCAUCCUUCUACCAGUAGCAGUUCAUCUGAUGGGCUUCGUGAUAACGUCCCUUGUUUGAAAGUUAAAAAUUCUCCACUUAAGCAGUCUCCAGGUUAUCAGACAGAAUUAGUUAUUCAGUUGGUAUGGGUGAGUGGAGAACCACCGCAACAAAUAACCAGUCUGGCAGUUAAUUCUUCCUAUGGAUUGGUAGUUUUUGGCAAUUGUAGUGGCAUUGCAAUGGUUGACUACCUCCAGAAAGCAGUACUCCUCAACCUGGGCACUAUUGAAUUAUGCGGCUCCAGUGAUCCUUAUCGGAGAGAACCCCGAUCUCCUCGUAAAUCUCGACAGCCUUCAGGAGGUAUGCUGAUUGUGACUUCUUGCAUGUGCGGCGUUUCUAGCUUAUAUUCUGAAUCUGUGAAAAAACUCCGUUCUUCUUUUUUAAAUUUAAAGGAGACAGCUGUUUUCCGUGACGAUGUCUGUAGAGAGAACAUUUCAAGCAGAGAAGAGCAAGUACAGUGGCUCAGAAGCAGUGUAACUGGUGAGUUCAAGGUUACAGUGAACACAGGUCUGUGCGAUAUUAGUGAAGGGACUGUAGCUCCAGAAGAUCGCUGCAAAUCUCCAACUUCUGGUUCUUCAUCACCACACAAUUCAGAUGAUCAACAAAAAGUGAAUAAUUUUAUAGAAAAGGUGAAGAUCAAAAGCAGAAAGUUUUCCAAGAUGGUAGCCAGUGAUAUAGCAAAAAUGUCAAGGAAGUUAAGCUUGCCUACUGACCUAAAGCCUGACUUAGAUAUAAAAGAUAAUUCCUUCAGCCGAUCACGGAGUUCAAGUGUAACCAGCAUUGAUAAAGAAUCCCGAGAAGCAAUCUCUGCUCUUCAUUUCUGUGAAACUUUUACUCGAAAGGCAGAUUCAGCCCCCUCCCCAUGCUUGUGGGUUGGUACUACAUUGGGAACAGUGCUUGUCAUUGCACUGAACCUUCCCCCAGGAGGAGAGCAAAGACUUCUUCAGCCAGUAAUUGUGUCUCCAAGUGGUACUAUAUUGAGGUUAAAAGGGGCAGUCCUGAGAAUGGCAUUCCUGGAUUCCACAGGCUGCUUAAUGCCACCCGCAUAUGAAUCCUGGAAAGAACACAAUGUUCCUGAAGAGAAGGAUGAAAAGGAGAAAUUGAAAAAACGAAGACCUGUCUCUGUAUCUCCCUCCUCUUCUCAGGAAAUUAGUGAAAACCAGUAUGCAGUGAUAUGUUCUGAAAAGCAAGCAAAAGUAAUCUCACUGCCAACUCAGAACUGUGCUUAUAAGCAAAACAUUACAGAGACCUCAUUUGUUCUUCGUGGAGAUAUUGUAUCAUUGAGUAACAGUAUCUGCCUUGCCUGCUUCUGUGCCAAUGGACACAUUAUGACUUUUAGUUUGCCAAGUUUAAGACCUCUAUUGGAUGUGUAUUACUUGCCCCUUACCAAUAUGCGGAUAGCCAGAACGUUCUGCUUCACCAACAAUGGACAAGCAUUAUAUCUUGUUUCACCUACAGAAAUCCAGAGACUCACUUACAGUCAAGAGACCUGUGAAAAUCUUCAGGAAAUGUUGGGUGAACUCUUCACUCCUGUAGAAACACCUGAAGCACCAAACAGGGGAUUCUUUAAAGGCUUGUUUGGAGGUGGUGCACAAUCUCUUGAUAGAGAAGAACUAUUUGGAGAAUCAUCCUCGGGAAAGGCUUCAAGAAGUCUUGCUCAGCAUAUCCCUGGCCCUGGUGGCAUCGAAGGCGUGAAAGGAGCAGCAUCUGGAGUUGUUGGUGAAUUAGCACGAGCGAGGUUGGCACUAGAUGAAAGAGGGCAGAAACUUAGUGACCUGGAAGAAAGAACUGCAGCUAUGUUAUCCAGUGCAGAUUCAUUUUCUAAACAUGCUCACGAGAUGAUGUUGAAAUACAAAGAUAAGAAGUGGUACCAGUUCUGACAACCAGAAAUCCAACUAAGUCCAACUUUAGCCAGAAGGAAAAAGAAUUUUCCUAUUUUAUUUUAUUGAUUUCACUUUAGGAAAGUUAACAUUAAAGAGAUGUUCAUCACUGGAUACUGCUCUUUCCUAGCACAAUCAUGCACUGUUUGACCUCAGUCAUGCAGCUUUAACUGAGGAGUGUUCACACACACUCAAUGUGGAGUAUAUGCUGUGGACCAGCUACGAGUUGACAGUUUGGGAACUAGGAUGGUCACAUGUUACAAAUGAAGAAACAGGGAUGUUGAGGGGACAUAGCAGGGACUUUUCCUGGGUCAGUCCUGUAUAAAACUUUCACAUGCCGAAAGAUUCUGUGCUGUCAUUAUCUGCCAUCGUUGUUUGACCUCUUUGAGGGAGAGGCAAUAAGUCAGAAGUCCUGAAGCUGAAACAGUUAUAUUUGUGUCACUGACUGACUUAUAAAUGGCUGUCUUGGACUUUCCCUCCCUUCAACUGACUGGUCAUCAGUAUCAUUAGUGAAAAAGAAACAAACUGUUUAUUACCAUAUCUUUAGACAGAUAAGCUGAAUGGUGGGCUUUAAAUAAUAAAAACAUACACAUAGUUGACUUGUGUAUGGGCUACUCUUGGAUUCUUGUUAUUGUAUACUUGUGUUUAGUCCAUAUUUUGUCAAAAGCAAAACAAGGCGAUACAUCACUUUUCAUUGAAAAGAAAAGUGUAGAGCAUGACUGAACUGCUCAUCAUUCUGGGAGUUUCCAUGUAAUGGCUAUGCAGUGUGGAAAGUGAGAAAAACCUCCAUUGUGGUGAGGAGAAUACUUCAAUGUCCCUUGUCCUUGUUCUCAUUAAUUCAGCUAAACGUGGAUUUGACCAAAAUAGUUACUGGUUAAAUUUGUAGAAAUGUUGAAAUUGGCUAAGUUUUUAAUUUUGCUUGAAUUUUUAUAAAAUGUUUAACCUAAUGUACCUUUGCAUUACUUAAUUAAAAUUGCUUAAAAAAAUGUUUCAUUAUUUCAGUAAAAUGUUCAGCUCCCUUUUUAAUAUGCCCUUUACUUGCUAACAGUUCCAGUACACUCAGGUGAUGAGCCAAUUAAAUCUUAGUGCACAUGCUGUCGCAUGGAAAAAAUCACAAGCAUCCUUUGUCAAUAAUUAUCUAUGUAAGAGUCUAGUCUGAUGACGUACAAAGUAUUUUCUGUAGAAAUAUACUAUAAAACUGUUCAUGUCCUUUCAAGGUUUUAAAAAGCCAAAAGUAAAGGAAAAUAUGUGCAUUUUGGUAACUAAAUUAUUCCUGUAUUGGAGUAUAAAGCAGAUGAGACCAUCAGUGGACAAUAAAUGAUUGGUCCCUAGAAUAGCACACAGACAGAAAAGAGAUGACGGGGUAGAUCUGAAGUAGGUAAGCUCAUUCUGCAGGCUCAUCUGAGAUUAUUACUGAUUGUUCUUAAAGCAACAAAGGACGAAUAAUAUAGAAGAUUAUACGUAGUAUUAAUGAAAUUUAAAUAUUUUCUUCUAUAAAAAAUAGUUUAAAACAGUUUUCUUUUGUCAUUAACAGAUAAUCAGAGCACAAACUGAUAGCAAACAUGAUGGUUGUUUUUCUAUUCCAUAUGAUCAUUAAAGAUAUAUUGUAGAACACCUUAAUUUCACAGUCUGUUAUGCAUUUUUCCUCUUUCCACUUUUCAUUAAUAAAGCUCUUAUGUUUACAUUUUAUAACAUGCACUAUGGGAUAUGAAAGUUUACAUUAAAAUUUACUUUAAAUAUCAUUAGGGAGGGAUUAAAUAUAUGUGAUGGAAAUAACUGAUCAAGCCAAAAGAAAUAUUUUAAAAAUAGUCAUUCUCAAAAGUUUUUGACUUUGUAUAAAGUACCUAUGAGUAACAUUUCUGUUAGUUAAUGUCAGCUAUAUGAUGAACAUGUAGCAGUUUACAAAUUGUUUAAUUUGUAUCAUAUAUUAUCUAAUAAACCCAUUGUUCCAUGAUAUGUCACAGGAAGUAUUAAGCCGUUUUUUAAAGGUACAGUUUUGUGAAUGUCACCAAUAAAAUCAGUAGUUAACGGAUUUGAAGUUGAGAAGCACUAAGUAAAGUAAUAUACUGGUUGAUUCCCCAUUCAUGUGUAAGGGCAUAUUAGCUCCAAUUAUUUAAUUUGCUGUGUUAUUUCGUGUUAAUUGUAUAUCAACUUAAUUUUUAUAUCAACUGUCAUUUUUCCUGUUGUAUAUAAAAUGAACCAAUCUUGUAAUUAUUUUCAAAUAGAGAAGUUAGAUACAUUUACCUGAGAUGGGUUUUAUAAGAAAAUCUUAAAUCAAUAUUUCAAGUUAUUUUAUUUCAUUUUUAAAUUAAUCUACAAAUUAUGCACAGCAAACUAGAAACUCACUUAGGAUUAGAAAGCUUGAAGUAUUUUUGAAAAUAGGAAAUAAGCUUCUCAGAGUUAUACUUGAUUCAGUCUGUAGAUAAGAGACAGUCUGCAGUAAUAAACUAACCCAGGGAAUUUAUUGUAAUUUGAGAGGUAACAUCUCUUAUUUUUUUUCUAACGCAAAAAGUUGCAGUCACCAGCAAGCCAAGAUUUCAGGAAAACAAACCAAAAA